AUGGGAAGCUUAGCCAACAAAAACAGAGUAUUGGCUUCUCACUCUCCCUGUACGAGAACUCACCAGAUUGGGACACUAGCUUUGGUAGUGACGACGUUCUUCAUCACGAGGAUCUUUGAUCAAUCCUUCAGUUCCUGUAGUUUCUCCUCCAGUGACGUUAGGAGAUCUCAAGAUCUCCUCUUACCCAGCAAUGGGGGUUCCCUUUCUUGGCCUAAUCGAGGCUAUGGUUCGCAUCUAUCUCUCAAAAUUUAUGUCUACGAUGAACACGAGAUUGAUGGGUUGAAGGAGUUGAUGUACGGAAGGGACGGUAAGAUCUCCGCGGAUUCGUGCGUAAAAGGGCAGUGGGGAACGCAGGUCAAAAUUCAUAGGCUCCUUCUGAAAUCGAAGUUUCGGACAUUGAAGAAAGAGGAUGCGGAUCUGUUUUUUGUUCCGGCUUAUGUCAAAUGUGUUAGGAUGAUGGGGGGUUUCAAUGAUAAGGAGAUAAACCAGACAUAUGUGAAGAUUCUAAGUCAAAUGCCAUAUUUCCGUCUAUCAGGUGGCCGCAACCAUAUAUUCAUCUUCCCAAGUGGUGCUGGUGCUCACUUGUUUCGGUCUUGGGCAACAUAUUUGAACCGAUCCAUCAUUCUUACACCCGAGGGAGAUCGUACAGAUAAGCGGGACACAAGUGCCUUUAACACAUGGAAAGAUAUCAUAAUUCCUGGAAAUGUUGAUGACGGGAUGACAAGAGAUGGUUCUGCCAUAGUUGAACCUUUACCUUUGUCAAAGAGAAAAUAUUUAGCAAACUUCUUGGGUCGAGCCCAGGGAAAACUUGGACGUCUCCAAUUGAUAGAGCUUGCAAAGCAGUUCCCAGAUAAGUUGGAAUCUCCAGAAUUGAAGUUUAGUGGCCCUGACAAAUUGGGAAGGAUAGAGUAUUUUCAACAUCUGCGCAAUGCCAAGUUCUGCCUUGCACCACGUGGUGAAUCAUCAUGGACUCUUCGUUUUUAUGAAUCAUAUUUUGUGGAAUGUGUUCCAGUCAUCUUAUCCGAUCAAGUGGAGUUGCCUUUCCAGAAUGUCAUCGACUACACCCAGAUAUCAAUAAAGUGGCCAUCCACACGUAUAGGACCUGAACUCCUGGAUUACCUGCAAUCAAUUCCAAAUGAAGAGAUAGAGAGGAUGAUAGCCCAUGGUAGACAGGUGAGGUGCUUGUGGGUUUAUGCUCCUGAAACUGAACCUUGUUCAGCAAUGGUUGGUGUGAUGUGGGAGCUUCAGAGGAAGGUGAGAAAAUUCCACCAGUCAGCAGAAACAUUCUGGCUACACAACAUAACUAUUGUAAACAGAAAUUUGGUGGAGUUCCAUAAUUGGAAACCUCCUAUGCCAUUGCCCUGAUUUUGCUUCUGCACGUGCUUCUGUCUCCUAUGCACAUUGCUUGGAUCCCUUGCAAUGUUUCCCUCGUUUAAUUGUUUGUAUCUUUGCCAGUUGCAACUGGAAGAAAUGCUUUUGAUUCUCUGCAGCAAGUUCUCUUCAUUAACGGGAUUUCUGUCAGAUGAAUGUAGUCAUGUAGAUAUGAAUUGACGUAUGUAUACUCGUAUCAAGAAGAAAAACAAAUUGUAUUCAAUAUAUUUUUCACUA